UAAUGUGUGUUAUUUGUUUAUUUUUAUGUUUAGGUUUUUGCUUUUUCCGACUCUCGUGAAGAGUUUCCGUGGAUUCAUUUAGCAUUUAACCAUGUUCGAAAUAAUGUAAUUGUUGAGCCUUAAAUAUUUUUAUCAUUGUUAUUGUUUAGUUUUGUGUGCGUGCACUUUUCUCGUUUCCUCUUGUGUUCUGCUCAAUACUGCCAGGUGAUUACUCAAUUACGGUUCCUUAUAAAGCCCAAUUUUGCCUUAACAGUUUCCCCGCAAGGCGAAAUAAUCCUCUAUAGUGUUUUAACAAAUCUAACCUCUACUGCCACAACGCAAGACAUAUGGCUGGCAACUCAUCUUUCUUACCAAACAGGAAGAGUCUUUUGAAUUGGAUAUAGAGGCCUUGUUUCGUGGACUCUUCUGAGACAUACGUGCAAAGCGAAAAUAAAGAAUUGUCAUAACCAUCAGCCUUGUAUAUAGGCAUGAAAGUGGGACUGUUUUUACUUGGCAAAACUAGUUAAAACUGCCUUAACUCUGUAACUAAUUCCAAGCACUUAGAAUUCCGGCUAGAUACCGUAAAAGUGAACAUUAAUUACCUUAAACUGGCCUCGGACAGGAAACUCAAGCUUCCUGUGUUUUAGCGCAUAAAAUGUUCCCGCAGUUGCAAAACGGAACAGGUUACAUACCUGAAAUGGAGCAGAUUAUCAGCCAACUAGAGCGGGGCACGUUAGUAACAAAGUUCUCCUGGAGAAAACGGCCUGAAAGUAAAACUCUGGCAAUUAGAAGAGACACCCGACAGAUUAUUUGGACUCGCCCCACAACUUCCAGCUCUAAACCCAGUUAUGAAGGAACAAUAGACCUGCUAGAAAUCAAAGAAGUUCGCCUGGGAAAGAAUUCAAGGGAUUUCGAAAAGUGGCCGGACGAGGCCAAAUUGAAGGAAACCAAAAAGUGCUUUGUUAUUUUCUAUGGAUCUGAAUUUAAGCUUAGAGUGCUAAGCAUAGCAGCUUUAUCAGAAGAAGAGCGGAAACUAUGGGUGAAAGGGCUGAACUAUCUAGUAAAAGACACUAUAACUGCCCCGUACUCGCUACAAGUCCAAAGCUGGUUAAGACGGGAGUUUUACGAAAUGGAAGGAAACAGAGAAUUAGUGAACUUGAAGGACCUGAAGUCCUUCCUCCCAAGAAUAAAUUACAAGCUUUCUACCAGCAAACUGCGAGAACUGUUCAAUGAAGUCGACACGAGAAAACGGGCGGAAAUCGGCUUUGAUGAUUUCGCCGUUUUGUACCAGAAGUUAAUGCUGGAUGAGGGUAGCAUCGUGGACAUAUUUGAUAAAGUGCAGGAAUAUGCCCCUAAUCUGAAACAAUUGUCUUGGCCGGAGCUGCAAAAGUUCUUCAAGUGCGAGCAGCAGGAUCCGAACUCCGCCACCAAAGAGGCAAUUAGAAGCUUUGUAAGCGACUUCCUGAAAGAUCCCUCAAGGGAAGUGGAGGACCCUUGCCUCAAUACCACAGAGUUCAUUGACUAUCUCUUUUCCAAACAAAAUGACCUGUGGGAUUCGGCCAAAGACACAGUCUAUCAAGAUAUGACCCGCCCAUUGAGUCACUAUUGGAUUGCCUCUUCGCACAACACAUAUCUAACAGGCGAUCAGUUUUCAUCGGAAUCAUCAGUAGAAGCAUAUGCGCGAUGUCUUCGCAUGGGUUGUCGCUGCAUAGAGUUGGAUUGUUGGGACGGCCCCGAAUGCACCCCAUACAUUUUCCACGGCCACACUCUGACUACGAAAAUUAAAUUCAUCGAUGUGAUAAAAACAAUCAAGGAUCACGCCUUCAUUACCUCGGAAUAUCCAGUGAUACUGUCAAUUGAGGACAAUUGCUCAUUGCCCCAACAAAGGAAAAUGGCUAAUAAUCUGCAGGAUAUUUUCGGCGACAUGCUUUUGACGCGUCCAUUCGACAAGAACGAGUCGGAAUUGCCUUCGCCCUACAACUUGCGCCGCAAAAUCAUCUUGAAACACAAAAAGUUACCUGAAGGCCAGGAGGAUUUGCCCACUUCAUUCAUCAGAAUGGAAUCCACCGAUAAUAUGGAUUUAAGAAACGCGAUAAAAAGCGGAGAGAUGUUUAUAGAAGAUCCAGUCGACAAAGAGUGGACGCCGCAUUUUUUCGUGUUGAAUGAGGGCAAGCUGUUCUACACCAGCCACUACAAGCUGGACGGGGAAAAUUCUGAAAAGGACGAGGAAGAGGAUGAUAGUUCUUCAUUCGCACGCCCCAACAAAAAUAUCCCAAACGAAGAGUUGCAUUUUAGCGAGAAGUGGUUUCAUGGCAAGUUGACCAAAGGCCGGGAAGAGGCCGAGCAGUUGCUCAAAAUGUAUUCAUAUUUAGGCGACGGGACCUUUCUGGUAAGAGCUAGUGUGACUUUUGUCGGCGAAUAUUCUCUCUCCUUCUGGCGCAGUGGGCAAGUUAAUCACUGCCGGAUCAGAUCCAAGCAGGACAAGCAGCAAACCAAGUACUACCUAAUAGACGGGAAAUAUUUUGAUAGUUUAUACAGUCUGAUCACGCACUACAGAAUAUCUCCAUUGGUAACCACAGAGUUUUCCAUUACGCUACAAGAACCGGUUCCGCAGCCAAACCUUCACGAAACUGAACGGUGGUACCAUCAAAACACCACCAAACAACAAGCCGAAGACGCGCUGAAGAGAAUCAAGACGGAAGGGGCAUUUUUGGUGCGUCCCAGUGAAAAUGACACCAACUGUUACACCAUCAGCUUUAGAGCAGACCGAAAGAUUAAACACUGCCGAAUAAAGCUGGAAGGGCGCUUAUACACGAUCGGAAGCGUCGAGUUCGAAAGCCUAGUGGAAUUGAUCAACUACUACGAAAACCAUGCACUAUAUCGGCGCGUCAAGCUGAGCCAUCCUGUAACCAAAGAAACCAUCAGACAGAUGAUAUUGGAGCAAGAUGAGCCGUCCCCUUACAACCACACGACGCCCUCAUACAUGGACCCUUCGGCCUUCGCCCCCAAGAUAACGGUGAAGGCAAAGUACGAUUAUCGCGGGCAAAGAACCGAUGAGUUGUCGUUUUGUCGUCAUGCCAUCAUCACCAAUGUGACCAAACUGCCGGAUAAUGCGGAUUGGUGGCGAGGGGACUAUGGAGGUGCCAGACAGUUGUAUUUUCCAGCCGCUUAUGUGGAGGAAAUUGAUCGAACUGGGCCGAAUAUGGAUGAUGAUGGGACUGGAGAUUCGGUCAUACAAGGUUCCCUAGAUAUGAAAGGCGCUAUAGUCAAUCUCGUGCAUAACCCCGACCGGCCCGAUUUGGAAUGGAUAAUCAGGAUUAAUUCUUCCACUGCCCUGAUGGCUUUUGAUGUUGCCGUACAAUCCCGCGACAAUGCAAUGGAGUGGUUGACUGCUAUUCGCGACGUGACCCAAAAGGCCACGCAACAAGAGAUCCAGCAUAGGGAAAUGGAACGAGCCUAUCGGAUAGCCAAGGAACUUUCCAACAUAAUCAUUUACUGCAGGUCGAUAUCAUUCAGUAUGGAGAGAGCCCGACAGGGGUUUGUGUUCUACGAAAUGUCGUCGUUUCCCGAAACCAAAGCCGAGAAGCUCAUCUGCCAGAUGGAGCGGGCGUUUUUCUUAAAAUACCAUCAGAUUCAGUUUUCAAGAGUUUACCCCAACGGCCUGCGAAUCGAUUCAUCGAACUACAACCCGAUCAACAUGUGGAAUUGCGGCUCGCAAAUGGUGGCUCUCAAUUACCAAACAGGCGAUAAACCAAUGCAAUUAAAUCAGGCCAAGUUCAGGGAUAACGGCGCUUGCGGCUAUUUGCUAAAGCCUGCAUUUAUGUCAAGGUCGGAUUUCGAUCCUUUCGACAAGAAUUCGUUGAGUGGCGUUGAACCUGUGACAGUGAAAAUACGGAUUAUCGCGGGACGACAUUUAAGCAGGUCGAAGAAGGGCAUUGCAAGUCCAUUUGUCGAAGUAGAACUCAUAGGAGCUUCAUUUGAUUCGGGAAUUAAGCACACGACGAAACGAAUCAUGGAUAAUGGAUUCAGUCCGAAAUGGAGCGAUGAAUGUUGCGAAUUUACCGUCUAUAAUCCAAGUUUUGCGCUGUUGAGAUUUGCGGUGCAAAACGAAGAUGUUUUCGGCGAGCCGAAUUUCAUUGGCCAAGCCACAUACCCACUGACGUGCAUUAGAAGAGGGUAUAGAAGCAUUUGGCUGAAGAACGCCUACAGCGAAGACCUCGAGUUGGCUUCGCUUCUAGUUCACAUUACCAUGCAAAAUCAAAAUGAAGCUUCCGCGAGAUAGUGGAUGAUAAGUCCCUAAUUAAAUAUGGUUUCAAGGUAGACUGUUCCAAGGGUUCAUCCAAGGAAGGCGCAAAGUGAUAGAUAAUAUCCCGGAUGACUGUCCGCGCUGUUUAGCUACUUUCGAUCUAUAUAAUUGGCAUUUAUCCUAGUUUAGCACUUUUUACAAUAUACAGGAUAUUUUUAUUUUGUCAGAAACAUAAGUUUGCAUAUUCUCCGAAAUAAUCUAAUAUUGGUUCUAGUCUCAACAUGAUCAUGAGUCAUUUUCAAGCUACUUUUAAAUUUCCUGAAUCUCCUGUCGAAACACAUUUCGCAAACAUAUCAACACCAUUCAUAUCAAAUUUUCAUCAUUUCAUCUUGGAUAAAAAAAAAUUGCAAGUGAUUAAAAGUACUAAAUCUGAAAAGUAUGGAUUGCGUGGUUUUACCCCCCGAAUAAAUACAACCAUGAAGUAUUUGUGAAAGAAUUCAAUCUCCUAAGCAAGUGUUUAUUGUAUUCUGAAAGAUCUAUUUAGGUAUUGUAUAACGCAUUUAAUAUAUGUUUAGUUAGUACUA